AUGGAUCCAGUUCCGUGGUUUGAGAAUUUCCUAUGGAACCAUGAUUUACCUAUGAUCAUGGGCUGUGAAUGGAGCAAGGUUUUUGCAGCAGUUCUUUGGCGCUUAUGGAAGCGACGGUGCGAGGUUGUUUUUGAUUCUCAUGCUAUGAUUGAUGGGGAAAAAGUGCUUAAUGUUAUUGCAAGCUCAAUCCGUGAGUUGGUUGAUGCCUACCCUCCGAAAGGAAAUAAGAUGACUACUGGAAAGCUUAUUGCUUGGCUAAAACCUGAAGAGGGGUUUGUGAAACUUAACACGGACGGUGCCGCUAAAGUGAACCCAGGUGUGGCGGGGGCUGGCGGACUCAUUCGCGAUGAAGAAGGGAGAUGGCGGACUGGUUUCAUGGCACAUCUAGGUGUCUGCACCAAUACUGUUGCUGAGCUGUUAAGCGAAGAGCUCGGCAUGCCUUUCUAA